AUGGGCUCCUAUAAAUCAUGCCAAGGCGGCAGUUCUAGUUCAUCCGACAGUUCAAGUUCACGAAGUACCGCGGCAACCAUGCACAGCCAAGGAUCAAGACCACACGAACACGACGUUCCAGUCUCAAAUCAAAAACACUCACUUCCACCGGCUCAUUUAUAUUCAUACGAGCCAGCACAUGCAACCAAACCACCCAGACCCCGCUCAUCAACCUCCACUUACGCCUCAACUACCCACUCAGUGGAUCUUCCCGAAGAGGAACAUCAACGACAGCAAUACAGUGUAACUGAGCGCACAGAAUUCUACCCCCUAGACGCAAUCCCCUCAACACCCUCCUCUUUCGCCCCACUGUUCCCUUCAUCAAGACGCCUUCUCAUCCGCCAUGACGACGCAACUAUCGACGGAAACAUGAAUCUGCGCGUCGACACCCCAGUCCAUAUCCGCGACGGCUCUCAGCGCGACAUCAUCCUCUUCCAUCUCCGCAUGUACGAUCUCCUGUCCCGCAAAUUCUCCUUCCGUCGCUACUGCCGAGACUCCGGCCGCGAAGUAUGUCACGCAGCGCGAAAGGAAGUCGUCUCAGCAGAAGAAAGAAGACCUCAACCCCAUCGAUCAUGGAGUACCGUCUUCGGCCGAAGACCCGGUUCAUCGUCUGGGACAUCGGCACCUGGGGAAUUAAAACGACAGGAUUCAGGAUUUUCCUGCGAAGACCUAGAUAAAGUCAGUGAAGAAAGACCCAUUCUGGCCGACACGAUUUUGUUGGAGUUUUCGAAUUAUGCGCAUGUCGAGCUGCGACGAAGGGGGGGUCCGACUAAAAAAUACGAGUUCGAGUACUGGUCUACCAAGUACCAGUGGCGACGGGAGAUGCGUAAAGAAGGCGAUCUGCAGGAAUUCUCGUAUUUCCUGGUCGAGGCACGGAGUGGCAAAACCAUUGCGCAUCUUGUGCCUGAUACGUUGGCGCCUCUGGAGGUUGUUGAGGAGGAGAGUAAGGGUGGUUGGGUGCCUCCUUCCUCAUUGUGGAUCAGCGAUCCUGAAGUGUAUCGGACGAUGCCCGAUGUUGCAGAUGUAAUUGUCGCAACAGGGAUUGUGGCGCUAGUUGACGAUUGCAUUCGUCGCCGCUGGCAUCCUGAGCGUCGGCCUUCUUGGAUUUUACCCGCUCAACAUACGCUGGCUAAAAGUCUGGAACGCAUGGGUCCUCGUCAUUUGAUUAGCCAAGUACUUCAGCGACGAGGAUCCGCCUGA